CAUUAGUAGCUAGUUUCGACAGUUUUUGAGAUUGCCAUCUCUAAGGCCGUCAGAUCGACGAAAUUAAGUUUGGUCACAAGUAACGUAAUGAAUUCCACUGAUACAAAAAAAAAGGAGUCUCGUAUCCAUAAACUUCGAUUGGAAAGCCGCACCAAAAACUGGGGCAAGAAUAAGUUCAAGCCGAAGAAGUAUGUUGAACCAAGUCCAGAUCUCACGCCGCAAGGCGCAUCGACGCCUUGGCAGCUUGUGAAAAACCACAUACUUACCGAUUCAUCGGGCCCGGGACUCCAGGAUAUGGACAGCAAGGACGCCAGGCAGUUCAUGCAGCAGCGUCAGCAGAACCACCGGCGAAAUAUCAUAGAAGCCAACCGGUCGCAGGCCACUGAAUGGGAGUCCUUCGACGAUGAGAAGCCCUCAACGGAAGGAAAACAAAAACUUCGCAGGUCCGUUGAGAACUUCACUUUUAGGGACCGCAACUAUUUCCGAAAGAAACUCACGCUGGGCUUCAAUUUAACGCAUAAAAAUUCCACGCUCAAGACUGCCAUUAAGGAAUUGAAAUAUAAACAGGAACAAAAAGAGAGUGAAUUAGAACGAUUGAAAAAUAUACAGACAAAUAUGAAAUCAUCUAAUACAAACGGAUCAAAGGGUAGCAACCCAUUUCAGAAAAUGCGAGAUAAUGCACAUCCUUAUCGCAAGAAGGGGCGGAAUGGGAAAAAUCCGUUUCAAAAAGGGCAUCCCGAUAAAUAAGUUCAGCUUAUUCAGUACACACUGUAAUGCAACAAAACUGUUUAAAUAAUAAAUACACACUAUAAAGAAAG